AUGGAUGAGACGGUGAAUACGUCAUUGACCACGGUGGCACUGAACGACUCAUGCAGUCACCCAGAGGCAUCUGCCCACCCCUUCUUCAUGAGUGCUUACGGUCUGGUCUUUCUGGUGAGCCUGGGACUGAACGGUUUUGCUCUGCGGGUCUAUUUCUGCCGGGCCCGGCGCCGCUCCAGCGUGAUGGUGUACCUGCAGAAUCUGGCCGCUGCUGACUUCCUGCUCAGUCUGUCCCUGACCCUGCGGAUCACCAACUACGCCAGUAGUUCUGCCACCUUGCGCAAUAUCUACUGCAGCUUUGGCGCCUCAGCCCUCUACCUCAACACCUAUGCCAGCAUCCUCUUUAUGGAGUACAUUGCUGCCAAUCGGUACCUGAAGAUUGUGAGGCCCCUGGAGAACAACGCCCUACAGACAGUGCUAGCAGCCAGCUACAUCUCCAUGGGGACCUGGGCUUUCCUCCUGGUGUUUGCAAUCGCAUAUGUGUGCGUCGCCCUGCUGUCUGCCCCGAAGUCUGGAAACACACAGAGCAGGCGAUGUGAGGCGCUGCACAGCCAGGAGCUGGCCAUGCUCUACAGGGUCCUGCACGCCUUCUCAGCCGGAGUCUUCCUCAUCGUCCUCAUGUCCCUCUGCUUCUUCUACUAUCAGAUCACCAAGAGGCUGAAGCAGACCAGGCAGGCCAGCAGCAAGAAGCUGACCAGGGCCAGGAGGAACAUGCUCGUCCUGGUGUCCCUGUUUUGUGUGUGCUUUGUGCCCUAUCACCUUGUCCGCCUGUCGUACGCGUUUCUCAAGUCCCACCUGGCCAGGUGCGGCUGGGGGCAGGUGUUCUACUACGUGAAGGAGUUCACAGUGGUCCUCCUUGUUCUCAAUGCCUGUUUGGAUCCGCUAAUUUACUUCAUUUAUUGCAAGGAGUUCCGGGCACGGCUAGGUAUUAGGGGAGCACAGAGCUCUGUAACACAAGGGUCGAGUGUGAUCCCAGGGCCAGGGGCUCCCAAACCCCCACAUUCAGACACCAGUAACUCACUGGGCUGCCAAAGGGACACAACUGUCAUAUAG